AUGCGUGAGAUCGUCCACCUCCAAACCGGCCAGUGUGGUAACCAAAUUGGUGCCGCUUUCUGGCAAACCAUUGCUGGCGAGCACGGCCUUGAUGGCGAUGGCCAAUACAACGGCACCUCCGACCUCCAGCUGGAGCGGAUGAGCGUCUACUUCACCCACGCUAGCGGUGACAAGUACGUUCCCCGUGCCGUUCUGGUCGAUCUGGAGCCUGGUACCAUGGACGCCGUCCGUGCCGGCCCCUUCGGCAAGCUCUUCCGUCCCGAUAACUUCGUCUUCGGCCAGUCUGGUGCUGGUAACAACUGGGCCAAGGGUCAUUACACUGAGGGUGCCGAGCUCGUCGACCAGGUCAUCGAUGUCGUCCGCCGUGAGGCCGAGGCUUGCGACUGCCUGCAGGGUUUCCAGAUCACCCACUCCCUGGGUGGUGGUACCGGUGCUGGUAUGGGUACCCUCCUGAUCUCCAAGAUCCGUGAGGAGUUCCCCGACCGUAUGAUGGCCACCUUCUCCGUCGUGCCCUCUCCCAAGGUCUCCGACACCGUUGUUGAGCCUUACAACGCUACUCUGUCCGUCCACCAGCUGGUUGAGCACUCCGACGAGACCUUCUGUAUUGACAACGAGGCUUUGUACGACAUCUGCAUGCGCACUCUCAAGCUCACUCAGCCCUCGUACGGUGACCUGAACCACCUGGUCUCCGCCGUCAUGUCCGGUGUCACCACCUCCCUCCGUUUCCCCGGUCAGCUCAACUCCGAUCUGCGCAAGCUGGCUGUGAACAUGGUUCCCUUCCCUCGUCUGCACUUCUUCAUGGUCGGCUUCGCUCCCCUGACCAGCCGCGGUGCCCACCAGUACCGCCAGGUCAGCGUGCCCGAGCUGACCCAGCAGAUGUUCGACCCCAAGAACAUGAUGGCUGCCUCGGACUUCCGCAACGGCCGCUACCUUACCUGCUCCGCCCUGUUCCGCGGUAAGAUCUCCAUGAAGGAGGUUGACGACCAGAUGCGCAACAUCCAGAACAAGAACCAGAGCUACUUUGUUGAGUGGAUUCCCAACAACGUCCAGACCGCUCUGUGCUCCCUGUUCAAGCGUAUCGGUGACCAGUUCACUGCCAUGUUCCGUCGCAAGGCUUUCUUGCAUUGGUACACUGGUGAGGGUAUGGACGAGAUGGAGUUCACUGAGGCUGAGAGCAACAUGAACGACCUUGUCUCCGAGUACCAGCAGUACCAGGAAGCCUCCAUCUCCGAGGGCGAGGAGGAGUAG